AGGAGGAGGAGGAGGCCGGGGCAAGAUGGCGGGCUCCAAGGUGAAGCAGGACAUGCCUCCUCCGGGAGGUUAUGCCACCUUCGACUACAAGAGAAAUCUCCCCAAAAGAGGACUCUCGGGUUAUAGCAUGUUCGGCAUUGGCAUCGGCGUCAUGAUCUUCGGCUACUGGAGAAUUUUCAAGUGGAACCGGGAGAGGAGGCGCUUGCAGAUUGAGGAGAUGGAAGCCAGGAUAGCUAUGAUGCCGUUAAUGCAGGCGGAGCAAGACCGCAGGAACUUGCGGCUGUUGAGGGAAAAUUUAGAAGAGGAAGCAAUUCUUAUGAAGGACGUUCUAGGGUGGAAGGUGGGCGAGAGUGUCUAUCACACGGAGCGCUGGGUGGCUCCUCUCUCUGAGGAGCUCUUCAACCUUAGGCCACGGGAAGAGCUUUUACACAAGCGCUUUGGCUUUUUGUGGUAUGUGUAAAUUCUCCAAGGCUGGCACACUUUCCAACACCAUGUGGCUCAACCUUGGCUUAAUCUCCUUUGUAAAUGUUCAUUAAAGAUCCAUUUUCUGUACCUAA